UGUUGGAAUAUAUUACUUUAGUUAUGAGUAAAAGGGCUCCUUGUUUGCACAUAAAUAUGCAAAUGAAGCAGAGUAGAUAGACAAAAACAUCAGCCAUGAAAAUAGCAUACCUUUUUUCUAUAUAUCUUUCUCUACUAACACUGUGUCUAUGUCCGUGCCCUUCAAGAGCAGCCACAAGUGAAGCAGAGGGUUUGAUGAGAUGGAAAUUCAGCCUAUCAUCUUCUGCUUCUCUCGAGUCUUGGUCCGUCAACAACAUCAGCAACCACUGCAGAUGGAUUGGCAUUCGCUGCAACGAUGAGGGAUCUGUCUCUGGGAUUGAUCUCUCCGGUGCAGGUCUUGUAGGGACAUUGGACCUGUUCCAUUUCACUGCAUUGCUGAAUCUCACCACUUUCAACCUCAGUGGGAAUUAUCUCAACGGCUCCAUACCACCUGCUCUUGGCAACCUCACAAGCCUCACUCUCUUCGACCUCUCCCACAAUCUGUUUUCCGGUGCCAUUCCACCAGAGAUCGGCCGCUUGACAGAGCUUCGAUACUUGAGCUUCUACAACAACCUUAUGGUUGGAGAAAUCCCAUAUCAGAUUGGCAAUCUGAGGAAAGUGCGCUUCUUGGAUUUGGGCUAUAAUUACUUUGAAUCUCCCGACUGGUCUAGAUUUCCCACUUUCCCUUUCCUCACUCACCUUAAUCUCUAUUACAAUGAACUCACCUCAGAAUUCCCACACUUCAUAACCACAUGUCUCAACCUUACUUUCCUUGAUUUGUCUCUAAACACCUUCACAGGCCAAAUUCCUGAAUCAUUGUUCACCAAUUUGGUCAAACUUGAAUAUCUCAACCUCAGGACCAAUGGUUUCCGAGGCCCCGUGUCACCAAAUAUCACUAACCUCUCCAAGUUGAAGGAUCUUCGCCUCACCGACAACCUCUUGUCUGGCAACAUUCUUGAUUCAGUAAGCCUUAUUCCCGGCCUGCAAAUUCUGGAGUUGUACAAUAAUUCAUUUAUAGGAGAAAUCCCUCCUUCUAUAGGCCUACUCACGAAUCUCCAAAGUCUAGAGCUUCGAAUGAACAAAUUCAAUUCCUCCAUUCCCCGAGAGCUCGGCCAGUGUAACAAGCUGACCUACUUAGAUUUAUCCCAGAAUUCACUCUCGGGGCCAUUGCCGCCAUCCUUAUCAAAUCUGGGCAAUUUAUCUGAUUUGGUACUAUCUGAGAAUAGCCUAACUGGUGAAAUAUUGCCCUCUUUCAUCACGAGUUGGAGAAAACUAAUCUUGUUAGUAAUUGAAGACAAUGAAUUUAGUGGGAGAAUUCCAUCAGAAAUAGGAUUGCUCACAAACCUCGAGUAUCUGUAUCUCUCUAAUAACUCGUUUUCAGGCAGCAUCCCACCAGAGAUAGGAAACAUACAAAAUUUGGAGACGCUGGACCUUUCAACCAAUAACUUUUCAGGUACAAUUCCAUCCACUAUCGGAAAUCUUUCAAAUCUGGCUACCUUAGAUCUCUCUUCCAACAAAUUAAAUGGUUCAAUACCAUCCAUCAUUGGGAAUCUAUCAAAUCUGGGGUUCUUAUAUCUAUCUUCCAACAAAUUAAAUGGUGAGCUCCCAUCCUCCAUCUGCAGCUUGUCAUCCCUUGCUUAUCUUCUUCUCUCGAAUAAUACCUUGGAAGGAAGACUGCCACAAUGCUUCGGAAACUUCAGCAGAUCAUUGAUCAUCUUUCACCUAAACAUGAAUCACCUUAGUGGCCUCAUUCCAUCUACCUUUUCUAAGAAUUGUAGUCUUAUUUCCAUCAAUUUGGGUAAUAACAAAUUCCACGGACAAUUACCUAAAUCCUUAGUCAAUUGCCGAAGUCUAGAAGGCCUCGACGUUGGAAAUAAUAGAAUACAGGAUGAAUUUCCCUUUUGGAUGGAACGCCUACGCAAGCUUCGGGUGCUAGUGUUGAGGUCUAACAAGUUUGGUGGUAACAUGUCGCUUCCUUCGCGAACCAAGUUUCCAUUUCCAAGGUUGCAAGUGUUUGAUGUAUCCCAUAAUGAAUUUCUAGGCUCUCUACCUCAAACAUAUAUCAACAAUUUCAUAGCAAUGAUUGAGCCAGUAGAAAUUGAUUAUGAUGAGUUUCUAAGGUACGUGGAGAUGAGGCUCAACUUGAAAGGUCGGGAUCAGUUAAUUAAGAGACUAUUGAAUACCUUCACAACAAUUGAUCUGUCCUCCAAUAGAUUCUUUGGAAAUAUUCCAGCUUCCAUAGGAAAUCUUAAGGUUCUCAAAUACUUGAACCUGUCACACAAUAGCCUCACAGGACAUAUACCUUCAUCUCUUGGAAACUUGAGUGAACUCGAAUCGUUGGACUUGUCAACAAAUAAACUGGAUGGAGAAAUUCCGAGUGAACUGGCAAGGUUGACAUUUCUUGCGAAAUUAAACCUUUCAAUAAACAAUCUUGUUGGGCAAAUACCGCGAUCCAAUCAGUUUUCCACAUUUGAGAAUGAUUCAUAUAUGGGAAACUUGGGAUUGUGUGGACUUCCGUUGACGAGAAAAUGCAAAGAGGAUGAUAGGGAAUUGAUGCAGUUUGCAGAAGAAGAGGGUGAAGAUGAAUAUGAAUUCAUCGAUGGAUUUGGUUGGCGAUGUGUUGUGAUGGGAUAUGGAAGUGGGUUCGUAGUUGGGAUUGGAAUUGGUUACAUGAUUAUAAGAAGUGGAAGGCCAAGAUGGUUAGUGGAAUUCUUUUUUGGGAUUGGUUAUACAUAUAAGACAAAGAAGAGACGCAAAAGAGUUGCACUAACACGCAGGGGAAUUUGAUUCAAAGCCAAAGGGAGUGAUGUCUUGUGUUUGAUUUGGAACUACUUCUUGUGUUUGAGUUGUGUUUUCUAUUUCUUUCUACUUUUUUCAUUGCUAGUGAUCUCGUUUUGCUUAGUAUCUAUGAUAAAUUCUCUAAAGUACUAAGCUAAAA